CUGUGUGAGAUGGAGUGGGGGUGGGGCAUGGCUUAUUUUAAAAUAUCACAAGUGGGCGAUGAAGGUUCACAUCAUGGGCUGCUCAGAGACAAGAGUCAAAAACUUGAUGGUGAAGGAGAGAUGAUAGGCAAGAGGGAGGAGAAGCAGCUCGAAUUGUCCCUGGAGGCGCUUAUUAGCCAGGUGGCUGACCUGAAGAAUUCCUUGGUCAGCUUCAUCUAUAAGCUAGAGAAUGAGUAUGACCGGCUCACAUGGCCCUCAGUACUGGACAGUUUUGCGCUGCUCUCAGGCCAGUUGAACACGCUGAACAAAGUGCUGAAGCAUGAGAAGACACCCCUAAUGCGCAACCAGGUCAUCAUCCCCCUGGUGCUAUCUCCAGACCGUGAUGAGGAGAUCAUGCGACAGACAGAAGGGCGUGUGCCAGUCUUCAGCCAUGAGGUGGUGCCGGACCACCUCCGUACCAAGCCUGACCCUGAGGUGGAGGAGCAGGAGAAGCAGCUGAUUACAGAUGCAACUCGAAUCAGCUCUGAUGUGGCACAGAAACAGAUCCAGAGCCUGAACAAAAUGUGCUCAAAUCUGCUGGAGAAAAUCAGCAAGGAGGAGCGAGAGUCUGAGAGUGGAGGUUUACGGCAGAACAAGCAGACUUUUAACCCUGCUGAUACCAAUGCACUGGUGGCAGCCGUGGCAUUUGGAAAAGGGCUGUCGAACCGGAGGCCUCCAGGCUCAGGGGGACCUGUCCAAGCAAGUCAGCCAGCUACCGGUGCCAUCAUAGCAGGGGCUUCAGGCAUCCAGCAGGUCCAGAUGUCAGGUGCUUCUAGCCAACAGCAGCCAAUGCUUGGAGGAGUGCAGAUGUCACAGGCAGGCCAGCCAGGUAAGAUACCCAGUGGCAUAAAGACCAACAUCAAAUCUGCCUCAAUGCAUCCAUACCAGAGAUGAGCAGAGAGGAGCCUCAUCCUGGCUGACCACACAACACCAGCAUUUUUCUUGUCAAUUGCCACUAGAGGAUUUCCUUCCAUGCCUGUCAGAGCCCCUCAAGCCUCCACUCAUCAUCCCCAGCAGAGAGAUUUGUGGGUGGGCUCUCCCCUCCUGUGAGCUCCAGGCUGUCUCCUCCAUCUGGUUUUAUUCCGUGCUGGAGGGUUUGUGCAUAGCUGCUGGUGGCCACAUGCUUAGGGUGGGAGCUUCCUAGACAAGGGAAAGCCUGUCUCCCACCUGGUCUGGCCUGGAGGGCCCAUACUCUUCAUCCAAAUGCAGAACCUGAACGGCUUCAGAGGAAACUCUUCUCCUGGCUUUUGUGUAAGGAGGUGCAUGAAGGUUGCACUGCCUCCUCCCUUUCCCUUGCCUCCCAUUGUUGAAUAAAGACCCUGUACUAUGCCAA